UAGAAGAACGAAGAGAACGGUGGUGUAGAAUCUGUGCUAUGGGGGUUUAGGGUUUUAAUGGCGUCAAAAUGAUUACUUGAUUGCACCGCCACUGUGUAUCUCUAAUUACUGUUCGGUUCCGAUGCCAGUGAUCGAAGAAUCUCACAUUUCUCCAUUCCCUCUUUGCCGCCAAUGGCUCUCUCUGCAGAUCACCCAUUCGAACCUGUUUCCACCACUGCUUGCUCCCACUGUGAAGCGUGGAAGAAGAAGUGUUCGAAGCUUCAAGAAUCACGAAACGCUCUUCGCCAAGCUGUGAAGCUUCUAGAAACAAAAAUCAAUGAAGUUCAGGCUCAAAAUGUGAAGCUCAGCCAAGAAUGUGAAGAAGAACGGGCGCGAGCCAAAGCAGAAGCUGAGGAGAAGCUUAAAGAAUGUAAUGCUAGAGUAUCUUUAGAGAAUGAAGUAUGUAGCUUGAGGUCUGAAAUUGAUGCGAUUCGGCAGAAACCUGGUGGUGAUGCUAAGAAUGGAAAUGAGAGCAUAGAGGGUUUUCAAGGUUGUAUAGCUGAUAAGGAAAAGGAAAUCAGUAGGUUGAAGGAGCUCCUGGAGGCAGAGAAGAAAAAGGCGGAUAAGGAAAAGAAAAACUCGGAGAAGGAGAGAAAGAAAGCAGCUGAAGCUUUGAAGGCAGUAGAAGCAGAGAAGAGCAAGUCUGCAGAAAAAGAGAUGCAAAUUGCCAAAGUUGAAGCAGAGAAGGUUGAGGAAUAUAGGACUCGGCUUGUUCGAUUGGAGAAAGAAGCUAAUGAGGCAAAAACAAAGCUAGCUUCUCAAGUAUCUGCCUCCAAAGAGGCAACGAAAAGGUUUGAGGCUGAGAAGCGGAAGAUAUUAGCAGGAAAAAGAGAUGCCGAGUUGGGGAUGACGAAAGCUAAAGAAAUGCUUGAAACUGAAAGGGGGAAAGUGACUGAGGAAAAGAAGCGAGCAGAUUCUGAGAUGGUUAAAGCAAAGGAGCAGAAAGCACUUGCAGAAAGUAACUGGAGGAAAUUCAUCGAAGAGAAACAGCGUGCGGAUGAGAUGUCUCAUCAGGUUGAAAGGGAUAAGCAGACAAUUGAGGAGUUGAAGAAGAAGAUAUCUGAGCUCUUAUCUGUAUCAAAACCUGUUGAAACGGCUGGAGUACCUACUGCGAAAGCUGAAGAUACUAGUGAUGUAAAGCUUUUGAAAAGCCAACUAAAGCUUGAAAAGCUACGAGCAAAAUAUGCCAGGCAAAAAUUUAAGUUAGAAGCAAGUCGUUGCAACUCUUUACACCAAGAAUUAGGGCGAAUAAAGACAGAUUUUGUUCAACUCCUGCGUCGGCUUGAUAUGUUGGAUGCUUCCUUCUCAUCGUUUCCUGGAAGACAUGAACAAACAAAGUCUGGGAAUAUGCUAUAUAUGCAGAACUCAGAUAUCACGAGGCAAGUAUGCAAUAUCAAUCUAUCUCCGAAGCAUAGUGAACUUGAAAAUGAGCUUCUGCAGACUUGUUGCACAACAAUGGACACAUGUGAUCCUUUGAGGAAAGACAUGCAUCCCACUCAACCUCUUGCGCCAUCUAGUGGAAAUUACUCAGAAUCCAUCCCAGGUAUUGAUUCUAAAUUGAAGCCUCUUAGCAGAGGACCCAACAGAACAAAGUUACAGCGUUCUGCAGUAAAUUCCAAUUCAGAAUCUUUUUCUGAUGGACAGUUGAUGGGCUCACAGGAAACAACUGCUUUCCCAGUUAGUGCAUCGGCAAAGUUGGAUCAGGAGAUCCUCAAUGCAAGACAAAUCAUGUGCAACUCAUCUGAAAGAUAUGUUACUGAGAACCAUAGGAAGCGGAAAAGAACACAUGCUAAUAUUGAUAGUGUUGCAAAUUUGUCUUCUCAGAAUCUCUCUAAUUUGCAUGGUUUGUUGUAUAGAGAAGAAGACAAAUGCUUGGAAGGAGGGAGAGACGUGCUCCCAAAUCAAAGCAGUAUACAGAAAAAUAAUGAUAGAGCCAACAAGAAGAAAAAGAAAUCUCACAGUGAAAAAGUUGUCACAGUACCUAGCACAGGAAGGGUUGCGAAGAAGGGCAUAGAAGAGGCCAAAGCCAAUAUCUAUGGGGAUGCAAAUGUCAGCGAACACAUUUCUUGCCCUGGCUCACAAAAUUUAGAAAUCACUCCUGCCGGUGAAGAGAGGAUAUGUGAUGCUGCACAAAAUUUAGAAAUCACUCCUGGUGAAGUGAGGACAUGUGGUGCUGCAAACAGCUUUGAUUCUUUGAUUAGUUUGGAUAAAAUGACUGAUGAAACUUAUAUGAAGUUCUUAGAACUAGAUAAUGCUGCUUAUGAGCAACGUUACAGAAGAGCAGUGGAUUCUCCCUUGUCACCAUCACUUCCAGAAAUUGAAUUUCACAAAACAUUUGAGGAUAAUAGUUUGAAGAAGCCCUUUCUAGAGGAAGCACUCCAAGAAGGCAUGUCAAGUCGAAAAGCAGACCUGUUUCCUUCACCUGGUCUUGAUGGAACUAAUUUUGAAAUCAGUUCCAAUAAUAGAAAUUUAGAUAGUUCAUCUGAUUCACGGAUUAAGCCUACACAAGCAAGUAAAACCGAGGUUGUAAAAUUGCCACAUAUGCACACAUCAGAAAUUUCCAGGGCCUCAUUUCUGGCGGAGGAUGAAAUUGGACCUUUACACAAACAACCUCCUAAAAUUUGUGCUGUCUUUUCCAAUAUUGAGGACCAUACUGUCUUAUCUAGGAUGUAUUUUGCUAUCAAAGCCUGUAUGGCUCGGUGCAGUUUGGAUACACAAACAGUCUGGGCUGUUGGUAGCAUUCUGACUGCACUUAAAAAGGAGGAAACACUCUCAAAGAAGGAGAAGGUUUCUGUGUUGUUAACGCUGAUGCUGUUCAACUUUGUCAUGGCUUCUACAAGUACAUUUGGAAAUCUUUGCGAUGGCAAUAUAUUUUGCUCCAUGAAUUCUUAUGCCCAACAUAUUCGUACAGCUAUGUUGGAUGCUGAGACAAGAAUCCUCCUUAUAGAAACUUGUUCUUUUCUUGAGCUGCUUGGACUUAUUGAAGACUUUCUUAUAGAAGGAAAAGUUCUAGUAGAGAAUACAGUGCCUGCUGAGGCAUCUGCAGAUCAUGCUUCCAAUGAUUCUCUAGAUGGCAUUAGUAACUUUUCUUCGGAGGUUGCUACAAGUGAACAAUUGCUAGCAGGGAGUAUUAUAUUAUCUUCUAUAUGUGCUGCAACUGAUCAUGUUGGAUUCAUCUGUGAAGCCUCAUACAGGAUUCUUAGAUUAUGCAAAUGGGAUUCUUUAAUGCUGCUGACUAUCCUUCAUAUUUUUGCUUAUUUGGGUGGAGAGAAGUUUUUUGAUGUGGACAAUUUUGGUUCAAUGGUGACUGUUUUGAAAUCUUUAGUUAUUUUUCUUGAGGAUGAGAGCAAAAAAGUUUCUACUUCUUAUCUUCCUUCAAUCGAUCAGCUUCAUACUGAAUUUUGCACAAGUAUUAAAUGCCCAUUCUUGGAAGGUGCUGAAUCCAUUGAUUCAGUUUCAUGCUUGCUCUUAGAAGAGAUAAAAUACUAUAGGCUUCAACGGAUAGAACAGGUUGCUUUGUCGGAUUCUGGAUUCAUGCCAGAGAAUUUUAAUGGCAGACAAUGCUCUAAUCCGGAAGCAGUUCAGAAAGCCUACAAGAGUUGUGAUGGACCUUGUAGUUGGAAAAGGUGCACGGUUUCUUCUGCUGCUCAACCAGGUGUCCUUGGCAAUGUAGACUUGUGUUGCCUUGGUGAUGUCUUGUCAUUGGUGGAGCUGGUUGCAAAGAAAAUGGGCUGGCAUUGGAGUGACAUCAAACUCGUUCCUCAGUUGCUGGAUAUGCUUGAUUCAGGCAUAGAGGAAAGCUUUGGUAGUGCGAUCAUUGUUCUUCUUGGUCAACUUGGCAGGAUUGGAGUUGAUGCUGCUGGAUAUGAAGAUCGGGGAGUUGAGAACUUGAGAUAUAAGUUGUUCGCUUUUCUGGAUCACACCUCUUCUGUGAAAGCUCGCAAUUCUCUUCAGAUUUCUGCCGUGACAUCUCUUUUCGGCCUUCUUCCUCUUGAUCCUGAAGCUCUUGUUUGCACUGAGAUCAAUCUUCCAGCAUAUUCUAAAUCCAUUUCCGACCAUGCGCAAACUUUGAGGAAGUGGUCGUCUGGGCUGGAUAAAGAUGACAAGGAAUUUCUAUCUACCAUGUUAAGACCACAAUGAUGGUAUGUAGCAAGUUUGAUUACCCAUCCAAGACUUCGAAAUUAAUUGAAUAAGUAGGAGGCUCUUGCAGUCGUUGUUUUGAAAUGUAAUUGACUGCACAUCUGAAAAAAGUUUUGUAGAUUGAACAAGAUAUUGGGAAAUUAAAUAUCAUGUUAGGUUUAGAGGCUUCCAACUUGGUUGGUUAAGGGUAUGCUUCUGUAGUUCAUCUUAGACUUGUAAAUAAAUCCCCCUUCGGUUGGUUGUAAUGUAAAUUCAUUGUUUUUUUUGUAA